AUGCGGAGGAGUGCUCUCCUCUCUCUCCUCUUCGUCUGCCGAUGGUUCGGCCGUACUCUUCUCAAGAUGGGAAGGCGGAUGCUGUUUGUGAGUCUAUGCAACCAGCUGUAUGCUGUGGCGUUCUUCACCAAAUGCCAAAAACAAAGGAUUUCAGAGAAACCGAAGGCAAGGAGGGUGCUUGAGGGUUCGUGUUCAUCUCCUCACGCCGCGCCGGAAACAGGGUACGGGCUCUGGCAACGGCAGAGAAGUGCUCAUCCGCGGCGUAGGGGUCAGAAAAGGAAGUUGGUGACAAAAAUGAUGGAGUGUGAUAUAAACUACUGCCAAACAAAGAGAAGACGAUUGGUCUGGAAGAAGAAGGGAUGGCGUUUCAAGCUACCUUCGCUGGAAGAAUUGGAGGGCCUGGGUAUAAAAGAUACCCCGAAUUACGGCCAAGACGGUGCAGGCCCCAUGGUGGAGCGUACACCGACGAGCAUAACCAACAAAGGAGUGGGGAGACGUUCCCAUGUCACUGGGUUGGCAGUCCGGUGGGGGUCCCUAGACUGCGAUCUAAACCUCUGCCAAGUGGCGGAGAAAAUCGUGAAUGAUCUGGCCUUAACCUCCUAUCGUAUUGUUCAAGAGUGUACCCACCCAGCUUCUGACUGGUGGGAUCUCUUUGGACGACAAUGUGGCGAUCGGCGGAACUCCCCCCCGGCGGCGAGAUAG